CGAUACACGAUAAAAAACUUAUCGAAAGCAUGCCUGAAUGUAUUUACAUCCCUAGCGGCAGAAAAGUGCAGAAAAUAUCUGAAAAUUUCUAAAUGCAAAGAGAAGAUACAGCGAAAAGCGUGCUCCGUGUAUAAUGGAAACGAGUUUAGAUGAGAGCAUGGACAGCGAGAAAGCCAUUUCGCCCAGCAAGGGCCCUUCGGAAACCAGCCUUCAGCAAUCUCCGCUUGGAGUAGCUGGCCUCAAUGGAAACGAUAAUGGUGUUGGAGGAGGAGGAGCUGGAGGUGGAGGUGGAAACGGAGGAAGCCAGGAAACACCAAAUAGUGCCACCAAUGAGUGGACUAAACCCGCGUUCAACGCGUUUAGUGGGCGACCCAUUGGGGAGCACACAGCACAGCAGCAGGCAAUGCAACAGCAACAGCAGCAACAGCAACAGCAGCAGCAACAACAACCGUCGCAACAACAUCAACAGCAACCUGGUCCUGGGGCUAAUGGUGUCACUCCCGGAUCUGGAGCUCCCCCUGAUAUAUGGGUAGAGACAAAGGCGGAGGAUGGACGCUCGUAUUAUUAUCAUGCUGUAACAAGGGAAACCACUUGGACCCGACCUGAUGGCCCCACCGUGAAAAUUAUGACGCAAAUCGAGGUGGAGGAGAUGGCCAAGCGACCGGCACAAGCUUCUGGCAAGCCGGAGGCAAAAACAACUGAACCUCCCGGCGAAAUGCCACACCUCUCGUCACAGCCACCCGCGCACCUUAUGAGCCAACCUCCGCCGAAUGCAGCCGGACCACUGCUUUCCCAGCCACCACCUAAUGUUCGGCAGCAGCCCCCACCUAUGUUCCAGCCCCCAGGCAUGCAGCCACCAGGAAUGCAGCCACCAGGAAUGCAGCCGCCAGGCAUGCAGCCGCCAGGAAUGCAGCCACCACCAGGUUUUGGGCAACCACCCUUCUGCAUGCCGCCGCCAGCUUACGGUUUUCCGGGCGGUGCUGCCCCAGGUGGAGCACCUUGGGGAGUAGGCGUACCGCCGUGGCAGCAACAGCACAUGCACGGUCCUCCCGGAGGUCAGGAGAAGCCGGCCAAGACCCUCAUCAUUAAACCCGGAGUUAUUGAUCCAGCAGUCAUAGCCCGGGCGGCCGAGUGGUCUGAGCACCGGGCACCCGAUGGCAGGCCGUACUACUUUCACGCCGGGCGUUCAGAAAGCGUUUGGGAAAAGCCGCAAGCUUUAAGGGACAUGGAAGCAGCCAGAAUGGCGGCACACUCUGGCGUCGCUCCCAAUGUGCCUGCUGCCCCAUCCGGCUUACCACCGCAUCUGCUCCCAAAUCCGUUGAUGCAUAUGCCUCCAGGCUCAGCUCCCCCCGGAUUUGAUCCGCAUGCAGCUUUUGCAGCAGCUGCCGCCGCCAUGAAAGCCAACACGGAGAACUCAAAGGCGGCUCAGGCGGCCGCUCUGGAGAAGGAAGCUAAGCGGGCGGCCGAGGAGAAACGGAAAAAGGAGGAAGAGCAGAAGAAGGCAGCGGCCACCGCGAAGCAAACAGACAAAAGUAGACCGGUGACAAGCACACCUAUUGCUGGCACACCGUGGUGUGUGGUGUGGACAGGGGAUGCGCGUGUCUUUUUUUACAAUCCGUCCACCAGGACUUCGGUAUGGGACCGCCCCGAAGAGCUGAUGAACCGCGAGGACGUGGACAAGGCGGUUAACGAACGGCCAGAGCAGCUGAAAACCCCGCAAGAUAAAUCAUCCGAGGGCGAACAAAAGUCGACCGAUGAGUCGGCGCAAGAGAAAGCUCAGGCGGCACAGGCUCAGGCGCAGCAGCAACAGCAAAUUCAGAAAGUGGAGCAGGAGGAGGACGACGAUGACGAGGUGAUCAAGAUUCGGACAGAAUCCGAAUCAAGUGUGGAGGAAGUGCCCACGAAACGGGUUCGAGUUAUUUCAAAAUCGAAGCGUGCGGAAGAUGCCGCACUGGAGGCUGAGCAGCGAGCGGCCAAGGAACGAGCUCUGGUGCCGCUGGAGAUGCGCGUCACCCAGUUCAAGGAGAUGCUGAGGGAGAAGGAUGUGUCGGCGUUUAGCACAUGGGAGAAGGAGCUGCACAAGAUCGUCUUUGACCCCCGAUAUUUGUUGCUGACAUCGAAGGAGCGUAAACAGGUAUUUGAAAAGUAUGUAAAGGAUCGCGCCGAAGAGGAGCGUAAGGAGAAGAGGAACAAGAUGCGACAGAAGCGGGAGGACUUCCGAAGUCUAAUGGAGGAGGCUAGACUGCACGGAAAGUCAUCUUUCUCGGAGUUUAGUCAGAAGAACGCGAAGGAGGAGCGGUACCGGGCCAUUGAGAAGGUGCGCGAGCGGGAGAGUCUGUUUAACGAGUACAUCGUGGAGGUGCGACGCCGCGAGAAGGAGGAUAAACAGAUGAAAAAAGAACAGCCACUAGCUAGCAGGUUACAGCACAAAUGCACCAUCACCCUAAACACCAAAACACAUAACAGCUUCUACAGCAACUUUAUCAACAUCCUCCUCAACAACGACAACGAAAUGACCAACAACUGCCCAUCAAGAGCCAAAGCCAAACUCCAUCGACUGCCGCCUGCCAUCGUCGUCCACUGAACCGACUCCAUGACCACGCACACGCUUGCAAUCUGUGUGGUGAGUUACUUCAAAUCAUACAAAAGACAAACCAUUAAAAUUUGUUUUUCUGCAAUAAGAAACAAAUUUGGAUAAAACCAAUAAAAAAAAAUUAUCCCAUAAUAUCAAAAAACCAAAAAUAAAAAAAAUAUACAAAAUAUCGAAAGGUUUGCCCAAACUGAAAAUACCUUCUUGUUCGCUGUUGGUGUGAUUUCCCCCGCUUCCAUGUCGCAAUUAGAGAGGAUGUGUGAUGCGACGUGAUGAUGACGUGAGCCUGUCUGUGAGUGGCAUUGUCAGAUCUAGAGGCUCUAUGGCUAUGAAGUUCACCGGAUGAUCACCGGAGACUGUGACAGAGACUGAGGCUGAAACCACAGAGCCUGGUGUGAAGAGUUCCGGAUGAGAGAGCAGCUAGCAGGAAAUCGUGUGAAGAAGGGGUCUGCGGCUCUGAGCAAACAGUAUGAUAAUACUUAAUUUAAUUAACCCACUAUUUUCGUUUUGUUUACCAAUAAUGAAAACACUCAGCAGUUUGUCACCUAAAUAAGGCAAGCCCAAGGAACCGAACAAGAUACAUGUCCUACGCAAAGCAAACGGGGGAGACUCCAUGUCUCCAUGACUCUUUGCUCUCGUAGGUCCUAGCAGCGGCGCAUAGCCGCUGGAAGGGUCUCUGCCCAAUUAAAAUUACUCUAUUCCGUAUGUUUACUUUAGCUCUAUAAACUACUGUAUCCUUCGGCCUGGCUGAAGAUUCAAUCCCAAGGAUCGCAAUGCAACAUUUUGAGAGAGGAACGGAAUUAACUUGUCCGAUUCCAAAAGAAAGAGGCUUCACUCCGUAGAAAAUCAUAUAUUUUUGGUUCAGUAAUUUAUUCCAUCUACAUUUAAUUUAAAUUAUGUGUUUUUUGAACGCACUUAAAAGAGGUUUUUUGAUUUUCUUUGCUGUCACCCACCUUAUCUCUUUGGUAUCCAGUGGUUCGAUUCUCGUCCGUCUCAUCCAGUAUCUACGCCGACCUCUCUCAGCUGGCAGAUCCUUAGCUAACCCUAAGAUUUCUUUCAGUUAUGUCUCUACCUGAUAAUCAACCCCGUUCUCUUUCAGCAAACAAAUCGUGUAACUAUAUUCACUAAAAUAAAAACUAGCGCUAAGCCCUAAGUUACAUUCAUAAGAUCUAGAUGGUUAAGUGAAAUUCGCAUCAAUUCCAGACCACUAAUUCUCGGUUUCGUUUUUCUUAUCUUCCAUAUGGCUGUCAUGUCCAUAAUCCUUUUACACAAAAAUACAUAAUCUAGAUCCGCAGGGACUUUCUGGAUAUGCUGCGGGAGCGUCAUGACAUCGAA